UCAGAUGUCAUGAAAAACUAAAAUUACGAAAUGAUUUGGAAAGGCUCGUGAACUGAUUGCUGAGUUGAAAGGAAAGGUUAACCUGCAAUUAUUUUACAUUCACUGUAGUACUUUUAAAGCUGUUACUUCGGUUUGAAACAGUAUUCAGUGUAGUUCUAUUGUAUGUUUAGUUUUUCUUGAGAUACGUGUAAUUCAUGAAAAGUUAGUAAUGGCAGAGGGUCAAGAAGCUCUAUUGGCAAAAAUCAAGGAACAGGGUGACAUUGUAAGAAGCCUAAAAGCUGCAAAAGAGUCCCAAGAAAAGAAUAAAUGUCAACAUAGAGCUCAGGAUCUCCAAGGACUUAACGAAUAUUUGUCCAAGUAUAGUUAUAUAGGAGGCUAUGAGCCUAGUAAGUCUGAUGUACAAAUUUUGAGAGAAAUCAAAGAUUGUGAUUUAAAACCAAAAUAUGUUUAUUUAAAAAGAUGGUGGUACCAUAUGGGGAGUUUCAGUGAUUCUGAGAUAUCCUCUUUACCUGAUUCAUCAAAUAGUUCAACAAACUUGACAGACAACUAUGUUGCUAAAAGUAAAGACAUCAAUUUACAGAUACAACAGGAAGUAUCGAAGUUGUUGGCUCUGAAGGCGCAAUUAGGAGCAGAAAAUGCAGUGCCACAAAAAUUCACCCUCAAAACAGCAAAAGGAACCAGGGACUAUAACCCUCAACAGAUGACAAUAAGAAACAAUGUUCUAGAUAAAAUUAUUACAGUUUUUAAAAGACACGGAGCUGAGUGCAUAGACACUCCAGUCUUUGAGUUGAAGGAUGUUCUAACUGGAAAAUAUGGUGAAGAUUCUAAGUUAAUAUAUGAUUUGAAAGACCAGGGUGGAGAAAUUUUGUCACUAAGAUAUGAUUUAACAGUUCCCUUGGCGAGGUAUCUGGCUAUGAAUAAAAUUAAUACCCUCAAAAGGUAUCACAUUGCAAAGGUUUAUAGAAGAGAUAAUCCUGCCAUGACAAGAGGAAGAUAUAGAGAAUUUUAUCAAUGUGAUUUCGACAUAGCUGGCCAGUACGACCCCAUGGUGCCGGACUCGGAGUGUCUCAAGGUGGUCACUGAGAUUCUAGACGUCAUCGACAUCGGCAACUACGUGCUAAAGGUGAACCACCGGCGGCUGCUGGACGGCAUGUUCGAGGCGUGCGGUGUGCCCGAUGACAAGUUCCGCUCCACGUGUUCCACUGUCGACAAACUAGACAAGGCAACAUGGGAGGAAGUGAGGACGGAAAUGAUAAACGAGAAAGGCGUGACACCCGAAGCGGCGGACAGAAUCGGCGAGUACGUCAGGCUCAACGGCGGUAUAGACUUGGCUGAGAAGCUGAUGAAAGACGAAAAACUCGCCAAGUCGAAGAGCGCUAUAGAAGGUCUAGAGGGCAUCAUGUUGCUGCUCAAGUACUGCGAAAUACUAGGGAUUAAAGACAAGAUCCUGUUCGACUUGAGCUUGGCGCGCGGACUGGAUUACUACACCGGUGUUAUAUACGAAGCCGUUUUGACGCAGCCAAUAAAAAUCGGCAAGGAGGAGCAGACGGUGGGGUCGAUCGCCGGCGGCGGCCGCUACGACAACCUCGUCGGCAUGUUCGACUCCAAACACAAACAGGUGCCGUGUGUGGGUGUGAGUAUUGGCGUGGAACGCAUCUUCUCGGUCUUGGAGGCGAAGCUGGCGGCGGGCGACAUCAGCGUGCGGACGAGCGACGUCGACGUGUACGUCGCCACCGCACAGAAGAACUUCCUCGAGGAGAGGCUGCGCGUCUGCGCUGAGCUCUGGAACGCCGGUAUUAAGACCGAGCAUUCCUACAAGAAGAAUCCAAAGAUGUUGAAUCAGUUGCAGCACUGCGAGGAGAACCGUAUUCCUCUGGCCGUGGUGCUCGGGGAGUCUGAACUGAAGAGAGGUCUUGUUAAAAUCCGCAACAUCGUCACUAGACAAGAGGACGAGGUACCGAGGGAAAGCCUCGUAGAUGAAUUACAAACGAGACUCGCGUCUAUGAAUAUCAAACAAAUAAACGGCCCCGCUAAAUAGUGUACAAAAAUAUGUAUUUGGUGUCAAUGCGGUGUCUCAAAAUUUUCGGUUUAAGUACCAUCGAGGAAGUUGAUUCCUAUGCAAUUAACAGACCAACGUUAU